AUGGAAAAACCAAAGAGGUAUGUUCCAGGUCCAAAUGACCCACUUUUACCACCACAACUAUCUGAGUUCCAAAAUAAAACCACUGAUGAGGUAUUGGAGGAGUUAAAUAAGAUGCCAUUUUUUAUGAACAAACUUGACCCAGAUGAAAGCAAUGUAGAGUUGGAAGCCUUAAAAGCCAUGGCCUAUGAAGGUGAGCCCCAUGAAAUUGCAACUAAUUUCAAGAAUCAAGGGAACGAUCUUUACAAGGGUAAGAGGUUUAAGGAUGCAAGGGCUAUGUAUUUGAAAGCUUUGGAUGUUAAAUGUGAUGUACUAUCUAUCAAUGAAUCUUUGUAUUUGAAUUUGGCUGCUUGCGAGCUUGAAAUUAAAAACUAUAGAAGUUGUAUCAAUUACUGUAGGGAGGCACUCAAACUAAAUGCAAAAAACGUUAAGGCAUUUUUCAGAAUAGGUAAGGCUUAUCUCGAAUUGGGAAGGUUCGAAGAUUCUCUCGAGGCCGUUCAAGUUGGGCUUGCCGUGGAUCCUGAAAAUGGGGCAUUAAAAUCCAUCCAGUCCAAAGCUACUGAAAAGCUUAAACGUAAAAAGGAGCUGGAGAAUCGUACUUUAGCUCAAAAACAGAAGGAAAAGGAACUCCAAGAGUUUUUGGAUCUGGCAGUACAAAUAAGAAACAUAACGCUAGUUGAUACCAAACAACCAGCAGGUCUUUUGAAAGAUACUAAACUCACAUUGGAAAACCCAACAGAUUUCGAAUCACAAUUAAUAUUUCCAGCUAUGGUUCUUUAUCCGACUACGGACGAGUUUGACUUUAUCGCGUCUGUUUCUGAACUAUCCACACCAAAUGACCUUCUUGAUGUUGUACUUAACAGACCGGCAGAAUGGUUUGCACAACCAGGGCACAAAGAUUUUACUGCAUCUAAACUUCAUGCAUACAUGGAAACUCUGUCUGGAGGCUUGAUCAAGAUUGGUAAAAAAGUUACCUUCCAUGAUGUUUUGAAGAUGGAGAAGCCUAAGGCUCCUCUUUUCGAUAAGUCUCUAAGAGUAUACUUUGUACCAAAAACGGAGGCACAAGGAUGGCUAGAUAACUGGGAUAAGAAUGCAGCAAUAAUGAAACGAUUGUAG